AUGGAGAUCUCAUCUUUUACUCUGUCCACUCCAAGAUCCCCACCUUCGCUCCCUUUCUCAUCAUCCCAAUCUACCUUCUUGACCAACAAUGCCACUACCUUUUUAUUCCCCAACAAAAACAAGGUCAAUAGCGGUGCUUUGGUUCUGGGCAGGACCAGAACCAGAACAAGAACUGAAAGAGUCAAGAAGGGUCUCACUUGUAACGCUUUGUUUGGUCUUGGGAUGCCGGAGCUUGUUGUUAUAGCUGGGGUGGCAGCUUUGGUUUUUGGACCCAAGAAGUUACCUGAAGUGGGCAAGAGUAUUGGGAAGACUGUCAAGAGCUUCCAACAGGCAGCAAAGGAGUUUGAGACAGAGCUUAAAAAAGAACCUGAGGCACUCACAGAGACACCUACAGCUGUGAGUGAAGAAGAAAAACAAGAAGUCAAGGUCUCAAGCUCAAAGGAAAACGCAUAA